UUGUAUUCUUGUAAGGAACCAAAAUCUUGCUGACCUUUAUUAAAUCUGGAUUUCUCGUUAGUAAGUUCUAAUAAAUUAUUUCCAUACAUUUUUGCAAUUCUCCGGCGUACGUCAAUUUCCCGCUCAAUUUGUGCAUCUUCGAAGGUCUGUUCACGAAAUUUAGCUUUUCGGAGAAUUUUGCCGCAUCCUGGAGUUGGACAAGCAGCUGGUCCUGUAGUAAAGAUUCUCUAGAAAUCCAUGAUUAGCUGUUCGCUCUUGAUUAAUGUGUAGCAAACACGAAAACCCUCAUAACAUACAUCGACGCAAGAUUCACACAUUUUAUGAUAGCAUUCUGGGUUUAUGAGCAACUUCAUAUUGGGGUUUAAGUAACGAUCAGCUCGACAAAGCGGGCAUUUCUCGUCUACAGUUGUAUUAGUAUAUACAAUAUCGCAUAGUAUUCAGAACAUACCAUUUUUCUUCGGGACCUCUGGAUCCUCCAUUAUUACAGCAAUACAGAAUUAUUAUUUAAAUCAAAAAGGUCAAUAAGGGGGAUUCCAGUCAUAGAAAUUCAAUAUUGUUUCUAUGUAGCGUACUAGGUAUAAGUGGACGACUUCACCCAAGUUUGUCCUUUUCACAGCUAAGAAGAAAACCAAAUUGAUGGACCGUAAAGUCAAUAAAUUUUGAAUUUCCAGAAUAAUACUGAGUAGGAAUCUCUCGAAGGAGGAAGUCUGCAAAUUUAUAACUAUGCUAGUUUAGCGCAGAAUACGAAGGAAUCAACCUCCGAUGUGGUAAGAAGAGAUGAUCAAUUAUUACUGUCUUCAAAAAUUGACUAUUUGUAUACAGUUACUUGAAGUAGUGAUGGUUAAAUUACAGGGCUUGAAUCAACUCAUCAUUUUCUGUCCUUUAGAUAUCUAACGAAUUAAUGAAAGCUUACAAUAUAGAGAUAUUUACGCGAAAGGACGCGUUUCUUACUGACCUACUUGCUCAUAUAUAAACGAACUUUGGAUAUUACUUGAUUCAUACUUACGCUUUUUCUUUCAUUGCAAAAAAAAAAAAAAAAAAAGGAUCAAGAUAAAUAAAAAUAAAAAUAAACCAUUAAGCACUCUUUUGUUGAGAAUACUCUUAACUAGGAAUGUUAAAACUGUUAGCAUUUGUUGAGAAGGCUGGGUAGAAACGUCGUCAACAACCAUUAUCCUGUCGACGGUAAUGGGUACCCCAAUUCGCUGAAUUAACUAUUCAAAUCAUGGGAGAAGAUGUUCAUGAUGUGAAUCAGAGAAGAGCUGCGCGAAUGCGUGGUGCUGAGCGGUACAAAGUUAAAGAUGUUGAGUUUUCUAUUGAUCCAAAUUUUUUAACAGAGUUUGAUUCCUCUCCCUCAAAUACUGAACAUCGUAGUCUCUCUUCCACUCCUAAUGAUGGUAAAAAUAAUAGAGGAUUGAAUGGAGCAGCUACUGUCGAAUCCCAGGAAGUGAAUGGAGUAAUUGAUUCUCAACAAGCACAAGUAGACAAAGCUUUUUUAUCUCAUAAGAAACCCCAGAAACGGCCUGAACCAACUUCUUCGUUAAAGACAGAAAAACGAGGACGGCCUCGAAAGAAUCAGACUCCGAAUGCAUCCGCUGGUAAAAAUAAUCCAGCUACAGACAAGCGACAACCUUCCACAAAGAAGGGCAGUGAUAAGAAACGUAACAAACAAGAAGCUGUGCGGAAAUUAUUUGAACCCUUCAUUCAACCUUACCAUUCCAAUGAAAAAACAACAAGCAUCCAACAGGAAAACGAGAAAUCUCCCUUAUCUAGACAACAGCAAGAAGAAUUUGCUACUUUUGAAGAUAAUUUUGAAGUAGAGCAAGCAGACUCUAGUGUCAGGGCCUCCGUUAGUUCAGAGGCUCCUCAAGAACGAAUCCCCUCGCCAAUAUCAUCUUCCGCUCAUCAUAUUUAUGCAAAAGAAAUAGAAAAAGAGACGUCAACUAACGACGCCUCUAUCAACAAAUUACCAACAAAAGCAUCUUCGGCUUCUGGAGAACAGUCACCGCCACAAGCAACGGACGAACUAGUGAGCAUCGAGUUGACAAGGCUAUCAAAAAAUGUAAAUGGAACGAAGAAACUAAACAAAUUUGACGUAAUUCAACAAUUAUUUCAGGAACUGCUUGCAGAAAUUGAACCGGAAGAUCCCUAUCUUUUAAAGGUGAAAAAUGCUUUUGGAGAGCAUGUCUCAAUACGGCUCUUAGAAUUCAUUGAUUUGCUGAAUGUGAACCAAGCUCUCUAUGCAGCUUCUAGAAAAGCAGCUAAAGAAAAAUUUGCUUUACAACAGGAACUGUCCGACGUUCGGCAGGAAAGACUUGCUCUUCAAAAUAAAAAAAACGAGUUGCGAUUAAGCUAUCGAGAAAUAUCUGAUACUUCUCAAAAAAUGGAGAAUUUGGAUGAAUUUUUGAUAGAAUGUGAAUCCCUCAAGCGUUUACUAGAUAUCGAUAAAACGAUUCCUUCUGAUGAUGUAGACUAUUAUUCAUUAGACGAGUUCUCAAAUGCAUUAUGUGGUGAAAGGGGCAUUUACGAACAAUUACAAGAGCUUCAACAGCUGCUCAAAAAUGUAUAUCGAGGGCUUUCGAAUCCCACUUGAUUGUCAGCAUUAUCUAUAUAUUAUAAUUUCGUCCUUUCUGCAUUGUUAAAAAAUUUAUCUGAAAAACUAUCAUCCGUAGUGGUCAGGAAUUUUUACUUUUUUGAUUUCCUUGGUUUUAUCAUGGUUCUGUCUGUUUACUGUUUUUUGUGUAUAGAAAAAGCAUUUUGUACAUUAGUAUCGUUAAUUGUUAAUUUUAUUUUUUUGUUCAAGUCUG